AUGCCUGUGAACGAAGAAAACUAUUAUGCUUACGAGAGCGAUAGUAGCCACUCAGUAGAAAAUGAAGACACUGAGAUUUCGGAAGAGGAAAAAGCCUUCACCAUUUCGAAAAAUGUUCCUGUGGAACAUGUAGCGACUCAAAUUAAGCAUGGUCAAGAUAUGCAUCUAUCUCUUCAAGCUCGACGAAGGGAAACCUGUUUUCUAGAGAAAAUACCACCGCCACAGGAAUUGGUUUUGGCCGAAAAUUCUGAAUCAAACAUUCAGAAAAAAGAACUCAGUUCAACUACCAAUAACAGUCUUGUUCUGAAACCUCACUCUGAUUUGGCCGUGACCGUUUCAAAUAUCGCUACUGUAUCGAAAGUAGGUUUGGACUUGGCCGGUGUUAUAUCAAAGAUUGCUCUGGAAACCGCUAAAUUUUCGACUAGAGCUGGUUUGGAUAUCGCGAGAACUGUCACCGGUGUAAUGUCUGAAAGGAUGGUACAGGCAACCUCUUCAAAAGAUGGGGCUGGAAGAUUAAUUGACGCUUCGACAACAAUGCUGCAUCGGACUCUGUCCUUAACUGAGCAAGUCGCGCUGGCCGGUCUAGAGUUUACUUCCGAAACGGUGCAACUUGCUUUGGGCACAGCCACUGAAAGCAUGAACCUGAUUGACACAUUAUUCGGCACGACGGAUGCUGCCAAGGCUCUAGCCGAAUUUGUUCAACUGGUAAAACGCGAGUGGACUUUUCAGUAUGACGAAGAUGGAGCAGAGCUGGACGAACCAUUCGGAAUCUUUCAUGUGAUGAAAGCAUUGACUGCUUGGGCUUGUCUUCAAUAUGUGACAAGUGAUAGAUGGGAGAGGGAUUUGGGUGGUUGGAAGAAGGUAAAGUUGGUUGAUUUGUGGGAUAUGUUGGUUGGUGAAUUGACCCCCCGUGAAGAGUUGUCAGAGUUUAAACUGAAUAUGGACGAGGAUCGUGUUAAACGACUAAGUAAUCUUUUCUUGGAAACCACGAAAAGAUAUAGUAAUCCAUACUUGGAAGAAUAUGAAGAUCAAAGUAAGGAUGAGAGAUUAUUCUCUCUUUUACACAAUCUCAAGCGAUAUUCAAAAUUCUCUUCUUCCGCAUAUGACAAUCUCACAACUGCCAUUAAAAGUCACAUACCGUUUCCUUCGCCUCGUCGAUGGAAACAACAAAGAGGCACGUUGCAUCGGUUCGCAUUUGCAAGUUCAACCGAUCUAUCGUUGGAUUCUAUUGUCGAUUCAUCACAUCAUAAAGUGACCAAUAAUAAGAAUGGCUACCAACCAACAUAUUUCUUGAUCCGUGAUCAUACCACGCAGUCAAUCAUCCUUGCUUUACGUGGGACGAUGUCAGUUCAUGAUCUUAUUGUUGAUCUAACGUGCGAAUAUGAAGAUUUCCAGUUGCCUGAGGAUAUUCAACGGGGUGACGAUACAAUACAUCAAGUACACAAAGGAAUGUUUAAAGUAGCAAAAUCGAUGGCCACUCCAGGACAAUCUGGUGUAUUUGAAGCAUUGAAACGAGAGAUGGAAGCAAACAAAGAUUAUGGCCUGAUAUUAGUUGGUCACUCUCUUGGUGCUGGUGUUGCGAGUUUAUUAGCCCUUCUCCUAGCCUCACCUUCGAAUUGUAUGACCACUCGGUGGAGUCGUCUGCCGCUAGGCCGAAGGGUGCAUGCCUAUGCAUUCGCAACUCCGUGCGUAAUGUCUGCCGAACUCUCAAGACGUACCAGAAGUUUAAUAACAUCUGUAGCUUACGGCAAUGAUGUAAUCUGCCGUCUAAGUCUAGGUCAUGUACUGGAUUUAAGGAAUAUGGUAAGAUUCCUUGGUCGAAAUAAGUCAAAAGAUGGCGAGGCUGGUGAAGAGACAGCCAGUAAGAUUAUAAAAAAGGUUCUUGAUUACCAGUCAAGGAAAUUUGGUGACGACGAAAAAGGGCGCGCUUCAAAGGCCGAAUAUGAAUCGUGGUUUUGGAAAACAAGACUAGAUGUUUGCUCACAUAUGCAAAAUCUAAAACUCUACCCUGCAGGAAAGGUUUACUGGAUUGUGGGAAGCAAAAGGACACCGUAUUGUGAAAUUGACGGUGAUGUGACGGAUGAAGAAAAGGACAAUUGUGAAAAUAAUGAUGAGGAAGAAAGCAAUAAACCGGAAAAGGACUCUUCAAAUAAUAAUAGUGACAGCUGUAGUAACGGCAGUAGUGAAAAAGAGUACAUGAUGCUGGAGAUAGAAAAAGUAGAACAAAUAUUUCAAGAAAUUGGAUUUUCACCGCAUAUGAUAAUAGAUCAUUUACCGUUUCGCUAUGGUUCGUAG